UCGCAGACCUUCAGCGUAAAAUUCCACAAAGGAUUUCGAAGUUGCUAAGCCUAGAACUCCCUACACAAGGGCUGUGUUGACAAAAGUUGUUUAAGGACCGUUCCCGAGAUUCAACGGGACCAAAACCAGUUCUUCUCGGGGCUCGAAACAGUUCCUUUCGAGGCACGAACCAGUUCCUCUUGGGGAACGAACUAUUUCCUCUCGUGUGUGUUUGGCGUAACUAUUACCCUUCUGUUGCACUUCCAGUUUUUGGAAAAAGUUGUUUGUCUUGACGUAAGAAAUGAGCCUAUACUCCAACACUUCCAGCGCAAGUAUCAACACGACAUCCACUCCUGCGAUAUUUCAACCAAAGUCACAACUGGAGAAAUUUUUCGUCUUCCUCCGUAUCGUAGAGAUCCUCAUAAUACUCACGGCGCUCAUCGGCAACUUCUUGGUCGUGUAUUCAUUCAUCAUGUCCAAUAAACUACGAACGAGUGUCACAAAUUAUUUCGUAGUAUCUUUGGCGAUAUCCGAUUUAUUGACCUCAGCAUUAGUGAUGACGUUUAAAGUGGAAUACACUCAAAACAGAUACAAAUGGAAGCAUGGCGAGCUAGAGUGCGGUCUUUAUACCACUAUGUAUUUACUGGCCGUGCCAAGUUCCGUUAUAAAUCUCUGCGCUGUCACAGUAGAUCGUUACUUGGUCCUGAGGAUGCCUCUUCGCUAUGAGUCCCUCAUGACUCCGCGGAGGGCAGUUUCUAUGAUCGGCUGCGUCUGGACGUACGCAAUCUUUUGGGCGUGUCUCCCUCUAACGGGCUGGAGAUCCCAUACACCCAUGAUUCAACGCGGCCGGUGUUACUUUGUGACUACAACAGCGUACAAUAUCACAGUCAAUGUCAUAAAUUUCUUACUACCCAUGUUAUUCAUGGCAAUUUUUUGGGCUCUUAUCUGCUCCAUUGUCCUUCAGCACCGCGAAAGAGUCAAUGAACAAGAAAGAAAUAUAUCUUUCAACACGAACGAGUCCGCGCCAAAUUCUACCAAUACCCUGUGCAGCCGAGAUGCGUCAUCGAUGCAACUCGAACCGACUGCCAGAAAAAAAAAGACAGGAAAGAAAAAAAGGCUGCGAAAUUUUAGUGGAUGCCGAUACAUUGGAAUCAUUGUUGCGCUGUUUUAUUUUUGCUGGCUACCUUAUGUGAUGUUCAGCUUGAUUGCAAACAUUUGCAAGCGGUGUAUUAAUCAUUCUAUAUCACAGAUGUUGGCUGAAACAUUCCUCGCGUUAGGAUUUUUAAACUCUGCUCUAAAUCCAUUUUUUUAUCCAUUCCACGACAAACGGUUCAAGGAAGCGAUUAGAGACAUUUGGAAGAAACUGCGAAGUAAGAGUUUCUUAAGGGUGCUAUACCGCAAAGAGAAAGUUUUGGAGAUGGCGAGGCUAGAAGUUGCAGUCCGUGGCUAGUAAAAUCAGUAGGAAAAAAGUGCGGGAAAAAAGAGUACGGGGGGAAAAAGGGGGAGAAAUUGCAACUGAUUAGAUCAUGACUAGUUUAAGUUUUGCAUCUGAUUGGGUGAAUAGGUGGUAUGAAGUUUGUAAGCCAUAAAAAUGCGCACAGGAUCUGAAAGCAUUGCGUUGGACUAGCAUCCCAUUCUGGGAGAUUGGACUCCACUCCCAACUCAGAGACUUGACGUGGGUUGACCACGUGGAGAUAUUGGCCACUUGGCCACACGCAAACGCACGCACA